CACAAAUCGAGACACAACACUAUUCACCUGUCUUGUCUACUAAACGCGACUUCUAUAGAAUCCGAGAGAACAAGUGGAAGAAGCACGACGACGAUUACUUCCUCCGAUCAGUCAUGCAAACUGGCGAUUGCUUCCAUUGUCAUCAGCCUGGCCACUGGGCCAAAAACUGUCCUCUCAAAACCACCACAGUUCCCACCGCCGCCGUGUCUCCGCCGGUCAUUCACUGCCCCUGUAACGGCGGAGUUUGCAACGUUUUCACUUCUAAAACAGAGGAAAACCCAAACAGGAGAUUCUACAAAUGCCCAAGCUGUGGAUAUUUCAAAUGGUGUGAUCAAGAGAGUAUCAUCAAACCAGAGUCAAUCUCUGUUCAUCCCACUUGCCCUUGUGGCUCUAGACCUUGUAGAAAGAAUUUUGGGGCUUGUGGAUUCUUUAAGUUAGAGGAUGAUGUUCAAACUCUACCUAAAUCUGAACAACUAGGGAAUGUAAAGAGGAGUAGACUUGGAGUGGUGGUUGAAUCAGAUUUGAAUCCAAGUUUAUCUAAUGAGUCUACUCUUGGAAACAGAGUUGUUGGUAGAAUUGCUCAGCCUGUGAAAGAUACUCUUCCAAUGAAUGCAAUCACUGUCGGAAAAGAAUCGAAUCCGGUUUUCGCAGGUUUCAACAAUCGUAAAUUGGUCUCCAAUGGUGGAAUUGUUUCUGUAGAUGGCAGAAACCAAGGCAAUGUCCCUUCAUUUGAUUUGAUUACAUUAUAUGAAGAUGCGGAAGAGCAAAUACUUCCUUCACUUGCCCCUAAACACCUUGAACCUCAAGUGGAGACUUUGUGUAGUGAUCUUUUGAAAUGUAACAGUAAAGCGAGUUAUGCAUCGGAGGAGAUAACUGGUGUAUCUCAGAACACUGGUGGUUCAGUUUCGAAUGGCAAAACCAAACCUGACCAUAAACAUCAAUCUACUAUAUCUGGUGAAACCGGAGCCUCGUUUUCAGGUAGCUCUUCCUUGAUGGACCUCAUGGAGCAAUAUAACUCAGAAAAGCUUCAUUUCAAGAAUGUUUCUUUGAAAUAUGUUGAUACCUUGACUGCCUUUACGGAUUCGUACAAGCAACUUAAGUCACUUCGUGAUAGAGCACAUAGUCUCAGUGAAGUAGAGAAACAGAUGAAGUUUUGCGAGGCGGAGACCUCUGAGUUUGCAAUGAGGCUUCAAGAAGUUUCUGGUGAAAUGGCGAAAUUGCAGAAUAAAAUGCUGGAGACGACAGGAAAGGUGGCUAAGGAGAAGCAAAGGGACUUCGCAGCUCCAUAGAUAAGAAAAAGAAGCUAAGGAGUGGACUUGAGUGUUUAUAUAAUUAUGUUCAACUAAAUAAUAUGAGUAGAUGACUGAAGAUAAUCUAUGGUUCUGUAAAACUUAUGUAUAAUUUAGGACCUAAGCAUUUUGUGAAUUUCCCACAUUAUUAUCCAACUUGUAGUCUUGAUCUUACCUUGAAUCAGAUGAUGAAGUUGACUA